CUCAUUCAGCGACGAAUUGGAAAUACAUCUUAUCUCUAUUUAUCAAUAUCUACCACAGGAAAUACACCAAGCGAUGAAUUUCAGAUGCCUACUACUUACUACGUUUUAUUGCUUCUAUACACAAUGUAUAAUCUUAAAUGUAUACGCACAGUCACCAGGUGAAACAAGUCCUACGAUUGUUAUGGAAAUUGGAGACAGCGCUAACAUCACUUGUCGUAUGAAUUUGAAAAGGUUUGGUGGAAAGAAUAGUUCAACGCUGUAUUUUACAGCUGAAGAUCCAAAAUAUAAAACUACACCAAAAAAUAUUGUGGUCCUGAAUGCGACAACUAUUGUUUACACACUGCAAAAUGCUAGUGAGCAGUAUACAACUUACACUUGUAAAAGCGGCCAAUACGCUAUUGCGAGUACCGAUGUUAUUGUUGGUACGAAACCUUUACCAGUGGCGGAUUUUAGUUGCCAGGCAUACGACUUCAUUUACAUGACAUGUUCUUUUACCAUUCCCGCUAAUAUGAUACCAACAACAUAUAACUUGAAAUAUGUAACACAAAAUGCUAACUAUAUACUUAAUUGCAUAAAGUUGGUGAAAGAAGGCGACAGUGCCUCUUGCAAUUUUACAUUGGACGAUGGUAGCUACAAGCCCAAUUUCGAGUACUACAAAUUCCUUUUACAAAGCAAUAAUACGUUGGGUGCUCUCGAACAGAAUUUCACUGUAAAUCACAAAGAAAUUGUAAAGCCAGCAAUUAGCGACUUUCACGUUGAUAGAAUUUCAACACAUGGUUGUAUGCUCAUAUGGGAAAUGGAACGUUAUUCUUCAUACAAAUUAAGCCGUUUGCAAAUGGAGGUACAUUUGUAUUCUCCAGACUACGAAAGCUUACAAACGUACACUUGCAACAGAUGCAAUAAUCAUUCAAUAUUUCAUUUACCAAUUGGUAAUUUACCAUACUCCUAUUAUCAGUAUAAUGUAAGCUUGCGAAUAAAAAUGCGGAUGCCUACGGCGACUUGGAGUGACCCCUACAGUAUUGAUUUUCAAACGUUGCCCUCUGCGCCGGAGGUGCCACCAGCAGUUGAUGUGAGUAGCUUUUACUUGAAUGCGACGCAUCUGCGCUUAUUUUGGUAUCCUACGCCGGAAUAUCAUCGAAAUGGUUCAAAUUUUCAUUACAUUGUGAAGCAAAUGGAAGAAAAGGAUGUUGCUGUAGAUCAACCACCACUGCAUAUUCAAGCGCCUACGGUGGCUUUUCCAUGGAACAGCGCUCGUAGCUAUAUAUUUGAAAUACGGAGUAGUAACGAACAGGGCGUGUCAUUAAAUAGUAGCCAAAUACGUAUACCUUCUCUCCCGAAGAACUACGAUAACAGAACACCGCUUGGCAUACGAAAUGUUUACCAUGCAUUGCAACGUACAUAUACUUUGCUAUGGAAUUCGCCAGAGGAUUCUGCGAAUGUAGAAAGCUAUACGGUUUUUUGGUGCAAACCGAAAAGCGUCGCAUCCAAUGAAUGUCAUAAUGUAAUCGGAUUUAGGCAACUAAAUAGAAAUGCCAGAAAUUUCAAAAUUCAACAAAGUCAACCGCUAGUUCUUGCCGUAGCUGCCAACUAUCCAGAUUUCUACACCGGCAUGCAUUGGGCCAAAUGUACUGCAGAUGUGUCAAACGAUUUGGAGAAAUUAGAACCGGAAAUAGUUGAGAAGAAAGCAUAUAGCAUAACAGUACGCUGGAGUUCAGAGCGCGUAUGUGCAUCGCUUAUCAAAGGCUAUACAAUUACUUAUUGUAAGAUGAAAUCUGCAACAAAGUUAAAGUGUUUGGACAAAACAAUUAGCAUCAGUGUUGACAAAAACGAUAACAAGUUUGAGAUUACUAACUUAGAACCGGAUAGUACAUAUAAAAUGGAAAUGGUUAUGUAUUCUGAUGUUCAGUCGGGUCCAAUAAGUGAUGAGUUAGUAUUGCAAACAAAUGAAGCAGCGCCAACCUCACCGCGAAAUCUUACUUACGAGCGCAUAACAAGCCAGUCAGUAGUGCUACGUUGGCUCUCGCCAUACAUAUCAAAUGGCAGGAUACGCUACUACGUUAUACUGUACAACGGCGAAAGUCAUAUUUUGUAUUGUAAUAAUACAAUUGGUUCACAUUGCUUGUCCGGGAGCAGAAAAAGCGGUCGCAAUGAACAUAUUUUCUACACUUUGGGAAACUUGAGUAGUUUUACUAAUUAUACCAUUUGUGUGAAAGCUUAUACUGUCGCUCAUUCACUACCUAGCAAUUGUGUGCACAUACAAACAUUAAUCGGCGUUCCAUCAAGUCCAUCUCAUACGAAAUUCGACGAUUCAAAAGAUAUCGUAAUCCGUUGGCGACAACCUGAAGUGCCUUCUGGACGCGUUGACUACUACGAAGUAAUCGUUGAAACGAAACUAGGAGAGCGUAUAGAAAGUCGUCACAUUUCGCGUAUAACAAAUGGCAUGCAGUGUACUAUACGAAAGCCACGCUGCUACAAUAGCGAUUUUAAGUAUACGAUUGGUGUGCGUGGCAUUAAUAUUGCAUAUUUUAAUGAAAUCGAUGCAAAUCUUAUGCAUAUUCAAAAUAAUAGUCACAUGCAUGAUAUAUACGUUACUUCUGCGAAUGAUGAAUUGGGCUGCGUUGAGGCAGUAAUUUCACCGCUGCACGUUUACAAAACACAUAUAGAAUAUAGAUCUGUGGAAGUAAUCGUCUUUAAUUAUGUUUGUGGUACAGUUGCAAGAGCUGACGGUAAACUUUGGAUUACCAUAUUUGUGUCAAUACUGGGAUCUUCGCUCAUCGUAAUGGCUGGACUUUUAACCUAUAGAAGAUGUCAUGAAAUGGCAUCGAUUGAAUGUAAGAUUCCUGAGCACUUGAACGAUUUAGUAAAUCGAAAUGACAGCAAAUUAGGGGAACAGGAUAUGGAACGCGUGGAACAUAGUAUUAAACAACAGUACUACAGUGAAAACGGGCGCUUGUUGCCAAGCAUUUCGAAGGACUCUGAAUAUUCGAACGAUGGCAGUGGUUAUUCAUGGCCUACUACAAAAAGUAGUUAUUACGAGAGCUCCGAAAAUGCUGGUGAUUACUGCAUACAUGAUCCUAUGACUUUGUGCAAUACUACACAAUCGCUCGAAACUGUACAAGAAAUAACGGCCGGCUACACGGUGAUGACAACACCAAACACAAAUGUGUCAAAUACAGUAGCAGAAGUGGACAAUGGUUAUGUGCAUCCUAAUGCGCUACAGCCCAAUGUAACGGAAAAGCCAUUUACGAUAAAUUGGCCGAUGGGUGGUGAAGAUGGCUAUAUUCAUCCAAAUAAUAGACAAUCAUACAAUUGGCAGCAAGAAACCAACAACGUGCACAAUGCCAAUACGCAAGCAAAUGCUAAUAAUGCAAUUUACUUGCCUACUGUGAGAUAGAAGUCAAGCCACAAGUGUCCUUAAAUGAAAAUGGAAGGCAAAUCGUUAACAUGAAAUGCAUAAGAAAAGCAGACAAAAAGGGAAACGUUUACAUGAAAUACUUAACAGAACGUUACCAUCUGCUGCUGCGUUUAACAAAAAAAAAAAAUUGCGUAACUGUUGCGAAUGCACAAAUUAAUUUAUUAGGAAGACUCAACCGCUUGCGCGUAUCACAAAGGUGGCCAAAGGAAGUCACAAUAUUUUACUGCACAUCACUGGUAUUAGUAAUUUAUUAUAGCUUUAAAUAACCAUAUAGUGCGAUUGGAUCGAAAACCUGGAGGAGAGACAAAAGAAGAGAGAAGUUUGAUUGUGUAACUAAAUGUUUCACUACUUAUUGUAGAAGUAUGUACCUCGCUAAAGCACAAUCCAUAUUCACUAUAUAAAUACUAAAUGCAGCUACAAAAUUGUUAACACAAAGUCUGUCAAGUGCCUUUAAGCAAAUCAUUAUUUAGCUAUGUAAAUAAUAAAUGUACAUUUAAGUUUUAUAAUAGAAUUAAUUACAACUAACUAUAAAAGUAUUUUUAUUUUUAUUUUAAAAUUUUAAUGCAUGUAUAUAUACGAAAUAAGUUUACAAAUAAUUACCUACCUUCAGCUACUUGGUAAUGCUUUCAUUAGAUGCUAAAAUUUCAGUAAAAAAAACAGUCACAUGUAAUUAAUCAGCCUCAUUGCGUACGUCGUAAAUGAGAUUAGAUAGAUAUUGUCGUGCUGAAAUAGGUACAGUGCUGCCAAAUUUUUCCAUUUUAAUACACUAGUCGAAUCGAAUUUUUAGGCAAUACCGUGUACUUUUCGAUACGACUCGACUCGAAAAACGACUUGCAUUCGACACGCCACUCGCAAUGAGGCUGAAUAAUUCAUAUUUUUACUAUUAAGAGGCAUUUGUUUUUUGCAACAUACAUAUGUAUUAAAAAUAACAC